AUGAAAGUUCUCGAAGAAAGAAACGCAUUUCUAAGUGACUAUGAAGUUUUGAAAUUUUUAACAGAUUUAGAGAAGAAGCAUCUUUGGGAUCAGAACAGCCAGGUUGCCCUUAAGAAAAACCGCUCAAGGGGUAAAGAAAAGAGGCCGUACAAUCACCCUGAAUUGCAAGGUAUUACACGUGGUGUAGUCAAUUUUCUGAACAUAAACAAAAAUUACAUCAACCAAGAAGACGAGAAUGAAGAUCAGGAAAACAAUGGAGCAAAAGACGCUGAGAAAUCACCCAUAAGCAAAAUGAGCGAUGAAAGUUUUGGAGAAUUAAUGGGCAGAUUAAAUUCCUUCAAAUUGUUUAAAGCAGAGAAAUUACAAAUUGUCAAUCAACUUCCCGCGAAUAUGGUCCAUUUUUACUCCAUAGUUGAAGAGUGUGAUUCAAGAUUUGAUGAAAAGACAAUUGAGGAAAUGCUAGAGAUAAUUUCUGGCUACUCAUAA